AAAUGCAGAUUUAAAACACACACUGUUCCAGAAAUGUGGGUGUUUAAUAAGUCAGAUAGAAUUGCAUUGCAAGGGGUUAAUGCUGAGUAGACGAUGCCGUUUCUCUCAGCGUUGGCUCAUUCGGUCGUUCACUGAGGAAUGACUAUUGUAAUAGGUUACAGAUUAAGUUGCAAUGGGACUACUUUGGGUGGAAUUGUGCGGAUGGAUUUGCUAAGUGGGGUUUGCUCUGCAGAGUUGUGUGUGAGUGAGGGGAGAGAGAAGAGAGAGUGUGUCAGAGUUGGAUGCAGACUGGAUGUGUUUGCCGAGUCCCAGUGCCCCGGCCGGGUCAGUUGGAAGUGAAAUUGACCAAGCGCGGCGCUGCUGCUGCUGCUGCUGCUGCUGCUGCUACUACUGCAAGCGAUGGCGGCUCAGGGCGACUGUCUGAGCGGCUACCUGGUGCCCUCGCAGCCGCUGCCAGAGACCGGGGCAGGCGACCCCGGCUCCAACAGCGAGAGGAGCACCGACUCCCCGCUCGCAGCCUCCGAGGACGAUGCUCACACUCUGCCGCACUGCACUGACCCAGACUGGCUGGAAGAGAGGUUCCGGGUGGACCGCAAGAAACUGGAGGCGAUGUUACAAGCUGCCGCUGAAGGAAAAGGGAAAAGUGGAGAAGACUUCUUCCAGAAGAUUAUGGAAGAAACAGGCACACAAAUUGCAUGGCCGUCCAAGUUGAAGAUUGGAGCAAAGUCCAAGAAAGAUCCCCACAUUAAAGUUGGCGGGAAGAAAGAAAACGUGAAGGAGGCGAAAGAAAGGAUCAUGUCCGUCCUGGAUACAAAGAGUAAUCGGGUAACCCUGAAGAUGGAUGUGUCGCAUACGGAACACUCCCACGUGAUCGGCAAGGGAGGCAACAACAUCAAAAAGGUGAUGGAGGAGACGGGAUGUCACAUCCAUUUCCCAGACUCCAACAGGAACAACCAGACAGAGAAAAGCAAUCAGGUCUCCAUUGCAGGACAGCCGUCGGGUGUGGAAGCAGCAAGGAGUCGGAUAAGGGAGCUACUUCCCCUGGUGAUGAUGUUUGAUUUGCCGAUUGCUGGCAUUUUGCAGCCAAUUCCUGACCCCAACUCACCCACGAUCCAGCAUCUAUCCCAGACGUACAACAUUUCCAUAUCGUUCAAACAACGAUCUCGCAUGUACGGUGCCACAGUCAUUGUUCGAGGGUCUCAGAACAAUGCUGCAGCAGUCAAGGAAGGGACGGCCAUGUUGCUGGAGCACCUAGCUGGAAGCCUGGGGAGCGCCAUACCCGUCAGCACACAACUGGACAUUGCACCUCAACACCAUCUCUUCAUGAUGGGUCGCAAUGGGAAUAACAUUAAGCACAUAAUGCAGAGAGCCGGAGCCCAGAUCCACUUUCCAGAUCCGAGCAAUCCCCAGAAGAAGUCCACAGUCUACCUCCAGGGCACCAUUGAGUCCGUCUGUCUAGCUAGACAAUAUCUCAUGGGUUGUCUCCCCCUUGUGUUGAUGUUUGACAUGAAGGAAGACAUUGAAGUGGAACCACAGAGGAUCACUCAGCUAAUGGAGCAGUUGGACGUCUUCAUUAGCAUCAAGCCAAAACCCAAACAGCCAAGCAAGUCAGUGAUUGUGAAAAGCGUGGAAAGAAAUGCUGUAAAUAUGUACGAAGCAAGAAAAUGUCUGCUGGGGUUGCAAAAUAGCGGUGUUGCCUUGACAACGACACCGCCGGCAAUCACCUGUCCCAUCGGACUCUCCUGCCAUGGGCUCGAUAUCCUGGCCUCUGCUGGACUUGGCCUGGCUGGUUUAGGUUUCUCUACGGUGUCUCCCCUCAUGAUCCCUCCAACAACGCAGGCCACCUUGACCAGCAUUUUGCUCUCGGGCUUGCAUGGGUAUGGCCAGACCCCGCCAUCACCUCCCCCCGGUCUGGCACCCAUGGAUAUUCAGAUCAGUGCCUUGUCGCCAGAGAACGACAAGACAUCAACCUCCUGCAUCAAUGGCCACGUCAAGCAAUCCAGUGCUAUUUACACUAGGAUUUCAACGCCGUGUCUAGCUGACAAAGUGUUGAGUAAUAACCACUCUGACGUACCUCGAGAGAGUUCGAUUAAUGCCCAAGAGCAGAUGUCCAGCAAGUCCAACUCUACGGAAGGUUCCAACGAUGCCUUUGUGGAAGUGGGCAUGCCGAGAAGCCCCUCGCACUCUGCCAACAGCAAUGAACUCAAGCAGAUGCUGAACGGCCCCUCCAACUGCGUGGCAAAACGACAGGCUCUGGAGCUGUUGCAGGGCACCAAGAACAGCCAUCGACACACUUCGGACAGAAUGCUUUCCGACUCCGAUUCCAGUGCCACGGAGGGCACUGCCACAGACAAGCGGGCCCCUGGGAGCGAGCGGGCAGCGGAAAGAGCUGCUGCCCAACAGAACUCGGAGCGACUGAGACUUGCCCCUCAGUCAGCCUACGCCAACGUCCAGGCUUUUGACUACGAAAAGAAGAAGUUGUUGGCAACCAAAGCUAUGCUGAAGAAGCCUGUUGUAACUGAAGUAAGGACCCCGACAAAUACGUGGAGCGGCCUCGGGUUCUCCAAAUCAAUGCCUGCAGAAACAAUCAAGGAACUAAGACACGCCAAUCACGUGCCCUACAAACCAUCCAUGGCAACUACGUACGAGUCAUCGUCCCCAGCGUCACUGUCGCGGUCAAACAGCCGGGAGUGCAUCGGAGGUGGCAGCGAGUCUGAUAACUGGAGGGAUCGGAAUGGUGAAUUUCCAUCGUCGCUCAACAGCCCCAAGCAAAAACAUAACCCAUCCGAGCACUAUUUGACCAGCACUAACUACAUGGACUGCAUUUCCUCAAUGAUGGGCAGUAAUGGCUGCAGCCUGAAUAACUCCUUCAAAGGCUCAGAAUUGCCCGAACUCUUCAGCAAGCUCGGUUUAGGCAAAUAUACGGAUAUCUUCCAGCAACAAGAGAUUGACAUUCAAACAUUCCUCACUCUGACUGACCAGGACUUGAAGGAACUCGGGAUAACCACAUUCGGUGCCAGAAGGAAAAUGCUGCUUGCCAUUUCAGAGUUGAGCAAAAGUUGUCAGAAACCCUUUGAGCCUCCAAGUAUCCGCUCAACGUUUCUAGAAGGCGGGGCGAGUGGCCGAUUGCCACGACAGUAUCACUCCGAGGUUGCCAGCAUCAGUGGCCGGUGGUAGCACCAAAACUGGAACUCAGUCGCCCGUGACUGCCACCGAGAGGGCUGGCACAAACUGUGCGUGGCCAUAGCCCUGUGGAGAUCAUUCACUGCACAGAGCCCUCCACAUUUGAGGAGUUGGAUUACGAAGACCAAAGCCUGCUUGAUUUUGUGCAAAACGUCGUGCCAAAUGGGGGGGG